GUAAAAUGGGCUUGUCAACAUAACCAUCACAUGUGCCAGAAGCAGAGCGAAUACAACAAGCUCAUCGAGUAACAGCUGCCAUUGGCAUUUUAUUGUUAAGGCUACAAUUAAGAUAAGAUAUUCUGCACAUUUAUUUUCUCUUUCAUUAUCGGUGAAACUAAAGAAAUAAAGAUGUCUCGAAGCGCAGGAACUCUUCAAACUACUCACCAGGCAACAUAUAUCCCUCCCAGAUUAAUGCCAGGAUAUAAAGGCCACUGCCCUACAAUGAAGUUUGACUAUGGGGAAACGUAUGGAAAUGCCACUGCUAAAUGUCUGCAAGACUAUCGAUCCACAACCCUGAACAACAGCAAGACCAACUAUUCUAAUGGAGGCCAGUUCCCAACAGUCUACACACACAACCCAGACCAAGUGAUUGGAGCUAGGGAUAGGACUAGGGAGAGAUUCAGAACAACACCACAAUAUUCCCUCAGCAACGUUAAUCAUGACAGGAAAGAAGAUAUUAACCAUUUUGAUAAGCUUGCUCAGGAACAGAGGGAACACUACAAGGACAGAACAGGAACAGUCGGCCGUGUGAAUGAGUUCUUGAUUCCCCGUUCCGCUCAAGAGAUGUAUCACCAGGAUAGCGCAUUAAUCGACGAGCAUGUGGAUAUGCGCGAGGAAGCAUCGACGAACAUGGCAAGGAACAUCCCAGUUGAGCGGAUGUCCAUCCCUCCCAUCAGGACAUUCAGUAAAUCAUCAACAGUUCGUGAUAGAGCAAUGCGUGAUGUCCAUUAUGAGCACCGCUAAUACAUAAUAUGCUGCCACGUAUAGUCUGUAUACUUGUUGAUGUAAAUAGGAAUUAAGAAUAGGACACUAAUAAUAAAGGACACUGAAUAUGAAAGGGAAAAAGACGGAGACGAUAACAUAUAUUAUUUUAAAGCCUUUGAUUUCCAUGAAGGGUUUAUUGGUAUACAAACCAUAAUAAUAUUUCAACCUUAUCACGUAUACAGAGGGGAUACAAAGAUUAUCUUUCCAUAUCAGGACACUAAUUAAAGCUCUCUUCAUAUUUUAAAGACAUAUUUAGAUAAAGAGAGUCAUGAAAAGUGAAAUAUUUCUAAAUGUUGGUCUUAUGUUCAUUUAAUUUACUCUACUGGCCGACUGAUAUAUUAAAAACAAACGGCUAAAUACCAGAGCCAGUAUAUAGAGCGAUAAGAUGUACAGUAUGUAUUAAAGCUGCAAUGAUUUUACCCUAGAAACAUUAUUUUAUUUGUGUGUGAUUGUAUUUGAGAUGAAGGGGCGUCGUUUUAUUUGUAAGAAUCUACUUCUUCAUAUCAACACCCACAUACACACACCGCAUUUUUUUAAAGCAAUGAAUAAGUCUUUCAUUACCAUUUCAAAAGUCUAGAAUUUUAAGAUAACUUUGCAUGAUCUUUUUGAACUGAGUAUUUUCAAACGAUUUAGACCUACCACUGAAAAAAAAAAUAGAAAUUAGAUAAAUAAUAAAAAGGAUAACUGAUUCUAUAUUAGAAUGUACAUGUAUAUUUGAGGUUAUAAUGAAAAAUGUACGACUGAUUGUGCGUGUGGGUGUGUGUGUUAGUGUUUCUUUGCGUACAAAUCACCCCUUGAUAUAUUUAUUUCUGAUAUUGAAUUUAUAGAUAUUAUUCCAUCCUAACAGAAUUGAGUUUUGCAAUCUAGAUGGAAUAUAUAUGUCAAUGAUUAUUUUGGUUAUAACAAAGACAAAUUGGGAAUUAUGCUGAUUGGAUUGCCAUGGAAUUAAUCGAUAUUGAAUGCAAUGCAAUAAUAAUAUUUAAUUGAUUUUGAACUUGUUUGAAUUCCUUGAUAGUUGUAUGUAAUAUUUUAUUUCCAUGUUUUGGUUUGUUUGAUGCGAUAUAGUAAUCUGAAUUUAUUCUAAUUUCUACUGGUAACAUUUCAAUACUUAAAAUUAUUCCAGUCAUGUAUAUCUAGGAUUCAUACUCAAAUGAUAACAUGCAUCAUUGUUUAAUAUACAAUAUUUCUACCCGAUGUUUCUUUGCCAUUAUCCUAAAGUGUGGUUAUUUCGUUUAAUGUGCAAUACAUGUGCAUUGUACCAACUUUAGAUUGUAUGUAGUACAUUAUGCCAAUUCGAGCUUGAUUUAUUUUUCCGUCCAAUGCUAUCAAAUCAAUUAUGAAGAGGAAAUUAUGCAGAUUUUCAAUUUGUCAUUUUGUAGUUCUUCAGAAGCAAUGCCAUUGAUGCAUCGUAUUGUUUAUUUAGAAUGAGCUUGUAAAUAAAAUAUUGUACGAUUGUAACAAU